UUCGUAUACACACACCUCUUUCUAUCUCUUUCUCUCUCGUGUAUCGUUUCUUUCUUUCUUUUUUUUUUGGCUUUUCAAACGAAAAUCGGGGCUCCAUAAAAGAGGGAAAAACAAGAUCGCAAACCCUAAAAAUCGACUAACUACAAGGGUUUGUUGAUCCUCUAAUGAAGCACUAGCCAUUUUUGCUGCAUUCUUUGUUGUUGUAGAUUUGGAUUCUCCUACUACCAUUAUCAAUCCUGUUGUUUUCAGCUUCACCAUUUUCAAGCCUUCUUCAAGUUCAUCAUGGUAGCAACUGCUGCUACAUCUGCGUUUUAUCCUGUUCCUUCUUCAUCUUCUGAGUCUGGAGCAAAGAACAACAAAAUUGGAGGUGGAUCUGGGAAUUUGGGAGGGAUCAAGUCUAAAUCUGUGUCUUCUGGAAGUCUUCAGGUGAAGACUAAUGCCCAAGCCCCUUCCAAAGUAAAUGGAAGCUCAACUGGUUUAUCAGGUGGUGUCAAGGGUGGGGACGACUUCUCAUCAUCUCACCCACGAACUUUUAUUAAUCAGCUGCCUGACUGGAGCAUGCUUCUUGCUGCUAUUACCACUAUCUUUUUAGCAGCUGAGAAGCAAUGGAUGAUGCUUGACUGGAAACCUCGGCGGCCCGACAUGCUCAUAGAUCCAUUUGGUUUGGGAAGGAUUGUUCAGGACGGUCUUGUGUUUACCCAGAACUUCUCUAUUAGAUCCUAUGAAAUAGGUGCUGAUCGUACUGCGUCUAUAGAAACUUUAAUGAAUCAUUUACAGGAAACUGCCCUCAAUCAUGUUAAGACUGCCGGGCUACUUGGUGAUGGAUUUGGUUCUACGCCAGAAAUGUGCAAAAAGAACCUGAUAUGGGUAGUUACCAAGAUGCAGAUUAUGGUAGACCGUUACCCUACUUGGGGUGAUACUGUUCAAGUUGACACUUGGGUCAGUGCUUCUGGAAAGAAUGGCAUGCGUCGUGAUUGGCUCGUGUAUGAUUGCAAAACUAGGGAAACUUUGACAAGAGCUUCCAGUGUCUGGGUUAUGAUGAAUAAAGAGACAAGAAAGUUGUCAAAAAUUCCUGAGGAAGUGAGGAGAGAAAUAGAGCCAUUUUUUAUGAAUACUGCGCCUGUUAUUGAAGAUGAUGGAAGGAGGCUUCCAAAAAUCGAUGAUGAUACAGCUGAUUAUGUUCGAGCGGGUUUGACUCCUAAAUGGAGUGAUUUAGAUGUCAACCAGCAUGUGAAUAAUGUGAAGUACAUUGGCUGGAUUCUUGAGAGUGCCCCGCCACCGAUAUUAGAGAGUCAUGAGCUUUCUUCCAUCAAUUUGGAGUAUCGGAGAGAAUGUGGGAGGGACAGUGUCGUGCAGUCACUCACUGCGGUCACUGGCACAGACGUUGGAACUUUAGCAACUUCUGGCGAUGUUGACUGCAAUCACUUACUUCGGUUCGAGAAUGGGGCUGAGAUUGUGAGAGGAAGAACAGAGUGGAGACCCAAAUUGGGCAACAAUUUUAUGAUCCUGGAUCAUAUUUCAGCUGAUCAAGGAAUUUAAGCUGCCAACAGUAGACCUCUCGGACGAGUGUUCCUGCUGCAUCCAUGGUUUGCACCAAAUUCUGCUUUAAAUCCUCAGAUAUAUGUCUAUAAAUAUGGUUUUUCCUCAUUCCUUCUCUACUAUAAACAGAAAAAGAAAAAGAAAAAAAAAAGGUUUUAAUUUCAUUGUAAUUAUCUCUUAUCUAUUAUUUUUUUCCCUCUUGUCCCCAGAAGGCUACUAUAUAAUGUGUUUAUCUUGCUCAGCCUGGUCGGUUGCUAUGCAAUCAAUGUGUACCCACCGCUGGCUGAUUGUCUCACAGCAGGUUCGAAAAUAUUUUUGUGUAUAUUUUCUUGCAUUUUCUUUAAUUCUUGUUUGGAACUGGAAAAAAAGAGGAAAUUUUUUCCAUUUUUUCGACCUCCAA